AUGGCUUUGACGGAGGAAGAGCUUGACAUGAUGAUCAACUGGGACGUUAGCUCGUUGGGACGACUAUUCGAACAACCGGCGAUGAACAACAACUCGGAUUCUAGCUCUUCCGGACAAUUAGGGUUUCGGUUUCAACAUCACGAACCCACUGCCAUCCAAUCGCCUCCACUUCAAACCCUAAUUCCUCCACUUGAAACGGGAACAUCAUCUCGUGGUGCUCCAACACAAGCCUGCUCGACCAACUUAUCGGGACCAAUCGUGCCCCUGUGGAUUCAACAUGAACAAUUGCGUGAGCGUGCUUUGAAUUUGAUUCAAUUGCGCAACUCAAUCAUACGGAGGCGUCGAAUACAUACAAGACACGGACUGACGGAGGCUGACUUCGCAGGCUUGAAAGAGGAUAAAAUUUCGAAAUACCUCAAGAUCAUUACGCAUAAUAAUAAUAUUGAUGAUGAAAAAACUGUGUGUGCUAUUUGUCUAGACAAUUUUUGUGGAAAGGAUAUGCAGGUUGCAAUAGUGGAUGGGUGCGGGCAUAAGUUUCACGCUUGCUGUCUCAAGAGGUGGCUCCAAAGGAAAAAUAUUUGUCCUCUCUGUAGAAGGAUCGCCAUUAGAUUUUUAUAA